UGCCUUGUUUUACCUGCAUCUGUACUUUGACACAUCUGUUAAUAUUAACGUGCAAUCAUUUUCUUGCAAAACUCGUUUAUGUGCAUUCGGAAACAUCAAAAAAUACUGCGAACCGUGAGAGCAAGAAGUUGUUGCAAAAAUGUCUGAGCUACCCGUGUUGAUCAGUCGUGACGAGGUUAUGCGAUUUCUGCAAAACGAAGACUUGAUACCGCGGCUAGAGGCGGUUUUAGGAAAGUUUUCGGAGAGGAAUAACGCAGAAGUAAUACAGCCUCUGCGGACAACUAUCCCACUUCAGAAAUACAACGGAUUUCUUGGGAUAAUGCCUGCAUAUGUGGCCCAUGAAGACAUAUUAGCCACAAAGAUGGUAUCAUUUUACCAGCGAGACAAGGACUCAGUUUUACCUGCACAUCAAGCCACAGUACUGCUGUUUGACCCAGAGCGGGGAAAUGUCAGAGCCGUAAUGGAUGGGACAGUGAUCACAGAGAAAAGGACAGCAGCAGUUUCAGCUAUUUCUGCUAAACUGCUAAUGCCAGCCAGAGCAGAGGUUCUGUGCAUUCUGGGUUCAGGACCUCAAGCUGUCAGCCAUUAUGAGGUCUUCACAGAGAUGUUCUCCUUCAGAGAGAUACGUGUGUGGAGUAGGAGGAGGGAGAGAGCGGAGCAGUUUGCCAGUGCUCUCCAAGGCCCUGUGACUGUGUGUUCCUCUGUGAAAGAUGCUGUGGAGGGGGCUGAUGUCAUAAUCACAGUGACUAUGGCAACAGAACCUGUGCUGCUGGGCGAAUGGGUGAAGCCAGGGGCUCAUGUUGCUGCUGUGGGAGCGUGCAGGCCAGACUGGAGGGAGCUGGACGAUGCUCUGAUGAGAGAAGCCGUAGUGUAUGUGGACAGCAGGGAAGGAGCCGCGGCUGAAUCGGGAGAUAUCAUUCUCUCUGGGGCCAGUGUAUUUGCAGAGCUGGGAGAAGUCAUUAAUGGAACCAAACCUGCUGAAAGAGAGAAGACCACUGUGUUUAAAUCUCUGGGGAUGGGAAUUCAAGAUGCAGUAUCUGCCAAACUUGUGUUUGACCAAUGGAAGAGCCAGCAGUUAAGGGCUAACACCAAAGCUCCAUGAACACUUAUUUCACAGUGACAGUCACUGUAAUGUUGCCAUUCACUUGGGAAAAUCAAACAUCAUAUGCAUGAAACUCAGUAGCAACAAACAGUAUAAACAUUUUACAUUUCACAUUUUUUCAAUAU